AUGCUCCCUUCGCAAUCCAGCCGCGUCGAAGCCAUGGAGUUCGAUUCGAUCGUCGUCAGCUUAGGAUCGCUUGACCGUCGUCUUUUAUGUCUGGCGCUGGUUGGCGCCGUCCUGCUGGGGACCGUGGCCGCUCGUCUAAGCCAGUUCUGGCGUCUGCGCAAGUUUCCCGGCCCCUUUGGCACCGGCGUCUCCUGGCUCUGGCACUCGUGCGCCGUCCUGAGCGGCAAUGCGCACCGAUGGUACGGCGACGUGACGGAAAAGCAUGGGUCCAUUGCCCGAGUAGCCCCAAACCUCCUCAUCACGUCGUCGCCGGAGUUGUGGGCCCACAUCAAUGCCGUCCGCUCGCCUUACACACGCGCGUCGUGGUAUUAUCACUGCGUCCGCUUCGAGCCCGGCAAGGACAACGUCUUCACCGACUGCGACAAUAACAGCCACGACGCAAGACGGAAAAAGAUGGCUGCUGGGUACUCAGGCAAGGAGAAUCCGACACUGGAGGCUUCGAUCGAUACGCAAAUCCUGGAGCUGGUCCGCCUGCUCCGAUCUAAGUACGCGGCCCCGGCUGCCUCGCACAGCGUCUCCCAGCCGAUUGAUCUGGCGGCCAAGCUUCAGUACCUGACGCUCGACGUCAUCAGCGACGUGGGGUUUGGCCAGCCGUUUGGCGACCUCAAAGCCGACGCCGAUGUCAACGACUAUCUCAAGUCGAUGGAAGAUGGCCUGACGAUUUGCAACACAUCGUGGGGCCUUGGCAUCAGCUGGCUGAGAGACGUGCCCCUCCUGGGCAAGGCCAUCAGCCCGUCGGAGAAGGACGAGCGAGGCUUCGGGAAGAUGAUGGCCUACGCGCGCCGCUGCGUGCGAGAACGCAUGCUACAACCUACCGACCAGCGCUCUGACAUGUUGUCGUCCUUUAUUCGCCACGGCCUCAAGGGCGACGAGCUGUUCCACGAGGUAUUCGAGCAGAUUCUUGCCGGCUCCGACACCACAGUUGCGUCGCUACGCGUCAUCAUGCUCUAUCUUAUGACGCAUCCUCGCGUCUACAUUAAACUGCAGGCCGAAAUCGACGAGGUAGUCCGAGCGGGAGUUGCGCCGGCCGCACCGGGCAUUAUCUCCGACGUGGCCGUCAAAGGUCUUGCCUAUCUCGGCGCCGUCGUUCGGGAAGGCCUGCGUGUGCAUCCACCCGUCGUGAACAUCUUCUCCAAAGUCGUCCCGAAGGGCGGUGAUGUCGUCGAUGUUGACGGCAAGGAGCACUUCCUGCCAGGCGGCACACUGAUCGGAUACUCAGCGUGGAGCAUGCACCGUAAUAACAGGGCCGUCUACGGUGACGACGCCGAUGUCUUUCGGCCUGAGCGGUGGCUCAUCGGCGAUGACACUCCCGGCGGCAAAGAGAAGUUGGCGCGUAUGAUUAAGACCAACGACAUGAUCUUUGGCUACGGCCGGUGGCACUGCGUGGGCCGCAACGUGGCCUGGAUGGAGAUACACAAGACUGUCUUCGAGCUUCUCCGUAACUUCGAUUUCGAACUUGCCCAUCCGCACGAGUCUUGGACCAUCCACAACAUCGUUGGCUUGUUUGCCAUUAGCAACAUGUGGGUUCAAGUCACGGAGCGCUGA